GGUCACACCUCAAACACACACACGCGCACACAGAGGAGGCAGUGUUCAGAGCAGCGGAGACUCCCAGGGGCCAAACACACACACACACGGACACUGUCCUCCGCUCAGGCUGAAGGACGAACUGAGCCGAAAGGGAACCGAAAACAAACGGAGCAUUUUGGAAAUAUCGAAACAGGGAAGUUGGACUCGAGCGCGUCAGUUUUGAGGAUUAAAAGUGAGUCGGUCAGCCGGUCGGUCAGCAUGUUCAGCUGGGUCAAACAGGAGCAAGGUGGACGCAACAAGGAAGGAGAGAUGUACCAGACGGUGACGGAGGGACUGCAGAGCCUCUACACCAAGAAGCUGCUGCCGCUGGAGGAGACCUACCUCUUCCAUGACUUCCACUCCCCGGCGCUGGAGGCCGCCGACUUCCAGAGCAAGCCCAUGGUGCUGCUUGUCGGCCAGUACUCCACCGGGAAAACUACCUUCAUCAGGUAUCUGCUGGAGCAGGAUUUUCCCGGGAUGAGGAUCGGUCCGGAGCCGACCACCGACGGCUUCAUUGCAGUGAUGUACGGCGAGAACGAAGGCGUCGUCCCUGGCAACGCUCUGGUGGUUGACCCCAAAAAACCCUUCAGGAAACUCAACGCGUUCGGAAACUCCUUCCUCAACAGGUUUAUCUGCUCUCAGAUGCCCAAUCAGGUUCUUCAGAGCAUCAGCAUCAUCGACACGCCUGGUAUCCUGUCAGGAGAGAAACAGCGAAUCAGCAGAGGUUAUGACUUUGCGGAGGUCCUGCGUUGGUUCGGGGAGCGGGUGGACCGGAUCAUCCUGCUGUUUGACGCCCACAAACUGGACAUUUCGGACGAGUUCUCCGAGGCCAUCAAAGCCUUCAAAGGACAAGACGACAAGAUCCGAGUUGUCCUCAACAAGGCCGACCAGGUGGACACCCAGCAGCUGAUGCGGGUGUAUGGCGCCCUCAUGUGGUCACUGGGGAAGGUGAUUAAUACUCCAGAGGUGGUGAGAGUUUAUCUGGGCUCCUUCUGGGCCAAGCCGCUGCAGAACACAGAGAACAGGCGUCUGUUUGAGGCGGAGUCUCAGGACCUGUUCAGGGAUAUCCAGAGUCUUCCGAGGAACGCCGCUCUCCGUAAGCUCAACGACCUCAUAAAGAGAGCUCGUCUGGCCAAGGUGCACGCUUACAUCAUCAGUUACCUGAAGAAGGAGAUGCCGUCUCUGUUUGGGCGGGAGAAGAAGAAGGAGGAGCUGCUCAUCAGGCUGCCGGAGAUCUACACCAUCCUGCAGAGGGAGCAUCACAUCAGCCCCGGAGACUUCCCCAAUGUCGCCAAGAUGCAGGACAUGCUGCAGCACUACGACUUCAGUAAGUUCCCGUCUCUGAAGAUGAAGCUGAUCGAGUCCGUGGAUAAGAUGUUGGCCACGAAGAUCGCUGUUCUGAUGGCGAUGAUCCGGGAGGAGGAGUCCAAGCAGCCGCCGGCCAUGGUGUCGGGCGGCGCCUUCGAGGGCUCCCAGGACGGGCCCUUCGGUCAGGGCUACGGCGAAGGCAUCAGCGCCGGGGCCGACGCCGAGGACUGGAUCGUGAGCCGCGACAAGCACCGUUACGAUGAGAUUUUCUACACGCUGAUGCCCGUCAAUGGCAAGAUCACCGGCGUCAACGCCAAGAAGGAGAUGAUGAACUCGCGGCUGCCCAACACCGUGCUGGGCAAGAUCUGGAAGCUGGCCGACUGCGACCGGGACGGCAUGCUGGACGACGAGGAGUUCGCCCUCGCACAGCACCUCAUCAAGAUCAAACUGGAGGGCUAUGAGCUGCCCACCGAGCUGCCCGACCACCUGGUGCCCCCGUCCCACCGCAAAAACCCCACCGCAGACACCCUGUACAACCAUACGGAGGACUAGAGCGCUGACGGGUGAGGAGCGAGCCACCAAAGACACUGAUGAUGUUCAGACUGAGAGGGCAAGCUGACGGCUACAGGAGGUCAAAGGUCAAAGGUCAAAGCGUAGGCGUUUUAUUCUGAGGAGCUUGUCACUAGGAUGAUCUCCAGCAUCACAUGUUUAAAUAACUGGCCAACAAACAAACUCACAGACUGAGUCCAAGUAUUGUGAUUUUAUUUUGGUAAAUUUGUGCAGUUCAGCUGAUUUUAAAGAACCAAAGAAAAGCGACGGACUUGUUCCAUAAUGUAACCUCACAUUUUUACUAAUUCUGGUUUAAUUUGGAUGCUUUUAAUGUGGAAGAGGACUGUGUUAAAGAAAUAUCCUCGUAUUUAAUAUUUCUAACCAUUUCCUGCCUUAAUUUUCCUGCAUUUGUAUCUACAUGCCUCAGAAUGAGAGCAGCUCUGAGAAGCAGAUCACCUGUGAUGUAUUAGUUGAAGUCACAUCGAUAAACUGUGAGCUGAAAGCUGAAUGGAAGCACAGAUGAUGUACCUGCACAUAACACAGUGAGCAUCAGUUAGAGAUUAACAGAUCAUACGUGAGAUAAAUUCCUGGUUGAUUAUUGAUGCAGGAUGAUCUGACUUUUACUUUCAGAAUCAAACAGGAAACGUCCAAAGGCAAAGUGCUGUGACUUCACUGUUUUCUCUCUGUUAAGUGCAAAAUUCAGGACAUCAUACUUAUGUUUCUUUCAUUUACAUGUAUGACACUUAAAUGCUGCGUUACACCACCGUUCUUUUUUUAUAUUCUAAUUCAGUGCUCUUAUUCUGAAGGCCAAGUACAUGUUCCAGAUGCCUAACGUUUGAGUUUCCUGUUCACUUUGGUAAUUUGUUCUCAUCACAUUCUCUUUCUCCAUGUUGCUCCUGACAGCUUGUUUUUGGAAAAUGUUCGGCUCCACGAUGAAGCAGCUGAGGAUCUGUCCAUUAAUCAUUUACUGUCUAAAGUAAAGACGUCCAUGUGAACACACACAGUGAACAUCAGAUUUCUGUGCUUGGAUGAAAACUCUUCAUAAUCAGCCUGAAUCACCUCAGUUACUGUCGCUGAUUUAUUUAUAACAAGGAAAUGAAUUAAAGUGUAGAAUAAAAACACAGCGGGUGUAAACCACAGUGUGACCAUGUGUCAUGUCGUCAUGGUGACAAUAAAACCCAUUAUGUCCCAGCAGUAAAGGAAGGAGAGAGAUCUGAAAAAUAAGCUGUUUUACUUUGUAAAAUCAGAGGAAAUGACACGUGUAGGUGAUGUAACAGGAACCUGGGCUCAGGUUACAAACCCCAGGAAUCAGAUCUCAUCAAAACAUUUUCCACGUUAAACCUGAACUGGUUUGUAUUUUGUAGCAGGAAGCUGUAAUUUACCAUCUCCUCCACGAGACUUACGAGUCCAGAUGCACUCCCAGACCAGGAUGCAGGGUCCAGGUCGUCCCCAGAGGUCAAAGGUCAGAGUCUGUCCUGUUUGAACAGCAGACACUCCAGAGGAGAUGAUGAUGGAAGUGACCUCUGCGGCUUGCCGUUAACUCGUCCUCGGGGACAGACGCCGUCCCGAAAUGCGUCCGCUCUCUUCAGUUUCCUCACAUUGUAAACAUCAGCAGAGAGGAGGAGGGCGGUGACCUCUGACCUCUGCUGACCGCAUGCCUUCCUCCCUGUGGUAUCCUCUGCAAACAGGAGCGACACGGCAGCGUUUACGUGUCUGUGCUGCGUCUCAGCGUGUUGGUCCAGAUCAUAUAGUCUCAGACAGUAACUGGGUGAAAACAGAGCUGAUAGAAAUAACAGGGAAAUCAGAACCAAUCAGAAUGAUCCUUUCAAUGCACCAGGUUUCAAAGCUGCACAUCAAAGCCAUGUCCACUCAUUUCAAAUCCUUCUGAGAUAAAAAUGCCUUUUUUCAGCUUGAGUUUGGUGGACGGGUUUUCACAGCAGUGCCUCCUUGAAGCUUUCGUGUUAAUACGUGUCAGGUCGCUGUGUUUCAGAGCUUUAAUGGUUCAGUGUCUCAGUCAGAGGUGUUGCAAACCCUCUGUUCCUAUGACAGGACUGCGGUCGUCCUCGAGGAUUCAGCAGCAGGGCGGCUUCGGUUCUGUGCCUCUGAUACGCAACGGAACACAAAAUCUGUGUGAGCAAAAUUUAUUCUGAUCAAACUGUUGAUGCGCUUGGUUUUUCCAUAAGCGAUGGUCUGUCACGUCCUCAGUCCUCUCUGUCUCUGAGUGUCGGAGUUAAAAUGCAGGAUUUCAGUGAAUAAAGUCAAACUUUUCUUUCA